CAGCCAUUCUCCACAGCCCGAAGUUACGACCACACUGCAAAGAGAGAGAGCGGGAGAGAAAAAGUGAGAGGGAGUGCGAGAGAGAGAGAGGGAGGGAGAGAAGAAAUAAGAAAAGUCAUUAAAGGCAAAGAAAGUUGUUCAAAAACACCACUCGGAGAGCAUUGAACAGUUGGGACAGAAAACUUUUCGCGGCUGUGGCAGAAAGGCAUGAGCGACGGAGGAUGCUCAUGCCAAGGUGUUAAACCUUUUUGGAAGCAGUGAACUGCUCCCAGAAAACAAGAGAAGUGUGGCAGAGGACAGUGUCUGAUAGUGCUUGAGCUCCUGGGAGACUUGGGAUAAGCCCAUUCGGUGGAUAACUCGAGGGAAAACAGAGCUCAAGGAUUUGAAAUGGCUGACGAAGAGGACACAAGAGAAGUGCUCUUCCCUCAGUGGAUGGGUCCUGAUAAACAUGGGCUUACAAUAGAGCAAAAGGGUCAUGGAGAAAUUUUUGUCAAGGAAGUGAAAGAAGAAUCCCCUGCUGCUCAUACUGGGAGAGUAUUUGAAGGUGAUCAAAUUGUUGGUGCCACGAUCUACUUUGAGAAUAUGAGCUCAGAAGAAACAGCAGAGUUAUUGAAGACACUUAACAGACACAAAGUUGGACUAAAACUACAGCACAAGGCAGGAGACAAAUCACCUUGUCGCUCUCCCAUGGGCACAUUGUCAUGGGAAGCACGAACUGGAUUUGGAGGUUCUAGUCCUGAUAUCAUCCUGAGUGGGGAUGAUGAAGAAUACAGAAGAAUCUACACUAAGAAAAUUAAGCCCAGACUGAAAUCUGAGGACCUUGCAGAGGGAGUUGAUGUACGUACUGAACGUCACAGCAGCACGAGCAGUGAUGGCAGCACCAUUACAACCAUUACCCGCCGUAUCACUACGUACACUGUGGACAUUCCAGGGGGACCUGGCCAACAACAGAUUGAUAUUUCAAGCCCAGAAUUCAAAGUUAAUGUUUCAGAGGGGAGCUCUGCUCAAAUUAAAUUGCCUCAUGGAAACAUAAUAAGCAGAGUCAGUGGGCAAGAGGCUUUAGAUCUUGGAGAAGGUAGAUUAAGAGAUUCAGAAGGCUCCUCUGAGAAGCACUGGAGUACAGCACAUGUCAAAACAUCAUUUACAACAAAAGGAACAGAGGGAAGUGGAAAGGAUAUGAAAUUUAAUAUAUAUGACACUGGAUUGUCAGCAGCAAAAGCACAUGGGGGGGGAGGGUCUUCGGAAUUGAUUCAGCAUGAUAGUAAAAGUGACCAAAGCUCAUUCACAUCAGACACAAACACAGGUCAUGCCGAUCUCUCAGUUAAACUUGACAUAGGGACAGAUAAGAAUCAGGUAAGCAGUAGUGAUCAAAUGUUGAAAAUAAAACACGAGGUUACCAUUUCAGGUAAAGAAGCUGAAAAGGAUAUCAAAUCACCCAAAGUGAACAUUACAGGUGCAGAGGAAUCAGAAGGAGGAAUGAAGAUGUCAAAAAUCAGCAUGUCAUCAAUUGAAAUUAAGGGUCCAAAGGCUGCCAAGAGCGAUGCAGACAAACUUUUACAAAGUGAAAUAAAAGCAACAAAAAUGGAUAUAAAGGCUCCUGGUAUUGUAGACCCUAAGCUGAAAUUGUCACCCAUUUCAGGUUCAGAAAAGGCUGAAGUGGAUGUUAAUAUUAAAGGUCCAAAGGUGAAAGGUGAAGCUGACAUGAAAGGACUUGACAUAGACAUGUCAACAGAUGUGAAGGGACCACAAUUCAAGAUGCCAUCCAUUGCUGGUCCAAAGAUCUCCAUGAGUGAUGUAGAUGCAAAUCUUAAAGGCUCUAAUAUUAAAUCAGAUGUUGAUGUUUCUGUUGCAAAAGUUGAAGGGGACAUUAAGGCACCGAAAUUAGACAUUGAAGGUCCACAUGUUAAUAUUGAAGGACCUGAAGGAGGAUUCAAAAUGCCAAAAAUCAACAUGCCAUCUUUUGGAAUUAAAGGUCCAAAGGGGGAGGGCCCUGAUGUUGAUGCUAGUCUUCCCAAAGCUGAAGUUAAUGUUUCAGUACCAAAAUUUGAAGGAGACAUCAAAGGUCCAGAAAUUCAUAUUGAAGGCCAUGAAGGUGGAGUUAAAAUGCCAAAAAUAAAAAUGCCAUCAUUUGGACUUAAAGGUUCAAAGGUUGAAGGGCCUGAUGUAGACGUAAACCUUCCAGAAGGUGAAAUGGACAUCAAAGGACCAUCCAUAGAUAGCAUGGCACCAGAUGUUGAUAUUAAGGGACCUGAAGGAAAAGUGACGGGUCCAAAAUUCAAAAUUCCAUCAAUUUCUGGUCCAAAGAUCUCCAUGCCAGAUGUGGAUUUCAACCUCAAGGGCCCUAAGGUGAAAGGGGAAGUUGAUGCUUCAGUUCCCAAACUUGAAGGAGAUAUAAAAUCGCCAAAAGUAGACAUGAAAGGUCCAGAGGUUGAUAUUGAGGGUCCUGAAGGUGGAUUCAAAAUGCCAAAAGUUAAAAUGCCAUCAUUUGGACUUAAAGGUCCAAAGGUCGAAGGGCCUGAUGUAAAUCUUCCAAAAGGUGAAGUGGACAUAAAAGGACCAUCCAUAGACAUCAAGGCACCAGACGUUGAUAUUAAGGGACCUGAAGGAAAAGUGACGGGUCCAAAAUUCAAAAUGCCAUCAAUUUCUGGUCCAAAGAUCUCCAUGCCAGAUGUGGAUUUCAACCUCAAGGGCCCUAAGGUGAAAGGGGAAGUCGAUGCUUCAGUUCCCAAACUUGAGGGGGAUAUAAAAUCGCCAAAAGUAGACAUGAAAGGUCCAGAGGUUGAUAUUGAGGGUCCUGAAGGUGGAUUCAAAAUGCCAAAAGUUAAAAUGCCAUCAUUUGGACUUAAAGGUCCAAAGGUCGAAGGGCCUGAUGUAAAUCUUCCAAAAAGUGAAGUGGACAUAAAAGGACCAUCCAUAGACAUCAAGGCACCAGACGUUGAUAUUAAGGGACCUGAAGGAAAAGUGACGGGUCCAAAAUUCAAAAUGCCAUCAAUUUCUGGUCCAAAGAUCUCCAUGCCAGAUGUGGAUUUCAACCUCAAGGGCCCUAAGGUGAAAGGGGAAGUCGAUGCUUCAGUUCCCAAACUUGAAGGGGAUAUAAAAUCGCCAGAAGUAGACAUGAAAGGUUCAGAGGUUGAUAUUGAGGUUCCUGAAGGUGGAUUCAAAAUGCCAAAAAUAAAAAUGCCAUCAUUUGGACUUAAAGGUUCAAAGGUUGAAGGGCCUGAUGUAGACGUAAACCUUCCAGAAGGUGAAAUGGACAUCAAAGGACCAUCCAUAGAUAGCAUGGCACCAGAUGUUGAUAUUAAGGGACCUGAAGGAAAAGUGACGGGUCCAAAAUUCAAAAUUCCAUCAAUUUCUGGUCCAAAGAUCUCCAUGCCAGAUGUGGAUUUCAACCUCAAGGGCCCUAAGGUGAAAGGGGAAGUUGAUGCUUCAGUUCCCAAACUUGAAGGGGAUAUAAAAUUGCCAAAAGUAGACAUGAAAGGUCCAGAGGUUGAUAUUGAGGGUCCUGAAGGUGGAUUCAAAAUGCCAAAAGUUAAAAUGCCAUCAUUUGGACUUAAAGGUCCAAAGGUCGAAGGGCCUGAUGUAAAUCUUCCAAAAAGUGAAAUGGACAUAAAAGGACCAUCCAUAGACAUCAAGGCACCAGAUGUUGAUAUUAAGGGACCUGAAGGAAAAGUGACGGGUCCAAAAUUCAAAAUUCCAUCAAUUUCUGGUCCAAAGAUCUCCAUGCCAGAUGUGGAUUUCAACCUCAAGGGCCCUAAGGUGAAAGGGGAAGUUGAUGCUUCAGUUCCCAAACUUGAAGGGGAUAUAAAAUCGCCAAAAGUAGACAUGAAAGGUCCAGAGGUUGAUAUUGAGGGUCCUGAAGGUGGAUUCAAAAUGCCAAAAGUUAAAAUGCCAUCAUUUGGACUUAAAGGUCCAAAGGUCGAAGGGCCUGAUGUAAAUCUUCCAAAAGGUGAAAUGGACAUAAAAGGACCAUCCAUAGACAUCAAGGCACCAGAGAUUGAUAUUGAGGAACCUGAAGGAAAAGUGAAGGGUCCAAAAUUCAAAAUGCCAUCCAUUUCUGGUCCAAAGAUCUCCAUGCCAGAUGUGGAUUUCAACCUCAAGGGCCCUAAGGUAAAAGGAGAUGUCGAUGUUUCAGUUCCCAAACUUGAGGGGGAUAUAAAAUUGCCAAAAGUAGACAUGAAAGGUCCAGAGGUUGAUAUUGAGGGUCCUGAAGGUGGAUUCAAAAUGCCAAAAGUUAAAAUGCCAUCAUUUGGACUUAAAGGUCCAAAGGUCGAAGGGCCUGAUGUAAAUCUUCCAAAAGGUGAAAUGGACAUAAAAGGACCAUCCAUAGACAUCAAGGCACCAGAGAUUGAUAUUGAGGAACCUGAAGGAAAAGUGAAGGGUCCAAAAUUCAAAAUGCCAUCCAUUUCUGGUCCAAAGAUCUCCAUGCCAGAUGUGGAUUUCAACCUCAAGGGCCCUAAGGUAAAAGGAGAUGUCGAUGUUUCAGUUCCCAAACUUGAGGGGGAUAUAAAAUCGCCAAAAGUAGACAUGAAAGGUCCAGAGGUUGAUAUUGAGGGUCCUGAAGGUGGAUUCAAAAUGCCAAAAGUUAAAAUGCCAUCAUUUGGACUUAAAGGUCCAAAGGUCGAAGGGCCUGAUGUAAAUCUUCCAAAAGGUGAAAUGGACAUAAAAGGACCAUCCAUAGACAUCAAGGCACCAGAGAUUGAUAUUGAGGAACCUGAAGGAAAAGUGAAGGGUCCAAAAUUCAAAAUGCCAUCCAUUUCUGGUCCAAAGAUCUCCAUGCCAGAUGUGGAUUUCAACCUCAAGGGCCCUAAGGUAAAAGGAGAUGUCGAUGUUUCAGUUCCCAAACUUGAGGGGGAUAUAAAAUCGCCAAAAGUAGACAUGAAAGGUCCAGAGGUUGAUAUUGAGGGUCCUGAAGGUGGAUUCAAAAUGCCAAAAGUUAAAAUGCCAUCAUUUGGACUUAAAGGUCCAAAGGUCGAAGGGCCUGAUGUAAAUCUUCCAAAAGGUGAAAUGGACAUAAAAGGACCAUCCAUAGACAUCAAGGCACCAGAGAUUGAUAUUGAGGGACCUGAAGGAAAAGUGAAGGGUCCAAAAUUCAAAAUGCCAUCCAUUUCUGGUCCAAAGAUCUCCAUGCCAGAUGUGGAUUUCAACCUCAAGGGCCCUAAGGUAAAAGGAGAUGUCGAUGUUUCAGUUCCCAAACUUGAGGGGGAUAUAAAAUCGCCAAAAGUAGACAUGAAAGGUCCAGAGGUUGAUAUUGAGGGUCCUGAAGGUGGAUUCAAAAUGCCAAAAGUUAAAAUGCCAUCAUUUGGACUUAAAGGUCCAAAGGUCGAAGGGCCUGAUGUAAAUCUUCCAAAAGGUGAAAUGGACAUAAAAGGACCAUCCAUAGACAUCAAGGCACCAGAGAUUGAUAUUGAGGGACCUGAAGGAAAAGUGAAGGGUCCAAAAUUCAAAAUGCCAUCCAUUUCUGGUCCAAAGAUCUCCAUGCCAGAUGUGGAUUUCAACCUCAAGGGCCCUAAGGUAAAAGGAGAUGUCGAUGUUUCAGUUCCCAAACUUGAGGGGGAUAUAAAAUCGCCAAAAGUAGACAUGAAAGGUCCAGAGGUUGAUAUUGAGGGUCCUGAAGGUGGAUUCAAAAUGCCAAAAGUUAAAAUGCCAUCAUUUGGACUUAAAGGUCCAAAGGUCGAAGGGCCUGAUGUAAAUCUUCCAAAAGGUGAAAUGGACAUAAAAGGACCAUCCAUAGACAUCAAGGCACCAGAGAUUGAUAUUGAGGGACCUGAAGGAAAAGUGAAGGGUCCAAAAUUCAAAAUGCCAUCCAUUUCUGGUCCAAAGAUCUCCAUGCCAGAUGUGGAUUUCAACCUCAAGGGCCCUAAGGUAAAAGGAGAUGUCGAUGUUUCAGUUCCCAAACUUGAGGGGGAUAUAAAAUCGCCAAAAGUAGACAUGAAAGGUCCAGAGGUUGAUAUUGAGGGUCCUGAAGGUGGAUUCAAAAUGCCAAAAGUUAAAAUGCCAUCAUUUGGACUUAAAGGUCCAAAGGUCGAAGGGCCUGAUGUAAAUCUUCCAAAAGGUGAAAUGGACAUAAAAGGACCAUCCAUAGACAUCAAGGCACCAGACAUUGAUAUUGAGGAACCUGAAGGAAAAGUGAAGGGUCCAAAAUUCAAAAUGCCAUCCAUUUCUGGUCCAAAGAUCUCCAUGCCAGAUGUGGAUUUCAACCUCAAGGGCCCUAAGGUAAAAGGAGAUGUCGAUGUUUCAGUUCCCAAACUUGAGGGGGAUAUAAAAUCGCCAAAAGUAGACAUGAAAGGUCCAGAGGUUGAUAUUGAGGGUCCUGAAGGUGGAUUCAAAAUGCCAAAAGUUAAAAUGCCAUCAUUUGGACUUAAAGGUCCAAAGGUCGAAGGGCCUGAUGUAAAUCUUCCAAAAGGUGAAAUGGACAUAAAAGGACCAUCCAUAGACAUCAAGGCACCAGACAUUGAUAUUGAGGAACCUGAAGGAAAAGUGAAGGGUCCAAAAUUCAAAAUGCCAUCCAUUUCUGGUCCAAAGAUCUCCAUGCCAGAUGUGGAUUUCAACCUCAAGGGCCCUAAGGUAAAAGGAGAUGUCGAUGUUUCAGUUCCCAAACUUGAGGGGGAUAUAAAAUCGCCAAAAGUAGACAUGAAAGGUCCAGAGGUUGAUAUUGAGGGUCCUGAAGGUGGAUUCAAAAUGCCAAAAGUUAAAAUGCCAUCAUUUGGACUUAAAGGUCCAAAGGUCGAAGGGCCUGAUGUAAAUCUUCCAAAAGGUGAAAUGGACAUAAAAGGACCAUCCAUAGACAUCAAGGCACCAGACAUUGAUAUUGAGGAACCUGAAGGAAAAGUGAAGGGUCCAAAAUUCAAAAUGCCAUCCAUUUCUGGUCCAAAGAUCUCCAUGCCAGAUGUGGAUUUCAACCUCAAGGGCCCUAAGGUAAAAGGAGAUGUCGAUGUUUCAGUUCCCAAACUUGAGGGGGAUAUAAAAUCGCCAAAAGUAGACAUGAAAGGUCCAGAGGUUGAUAUUGAGGGUCCUGAAGGUGGAUUCAAAAUGCCAAAAGUUAAAAUGCCAUCAUUUGGACUUAAAGGUCCAAAGGUCGAAGGGCCUGAUGUAAAUCUUCCAAAAGGUGAAAUGGACAUAAAAGGACCAUCCAUAGACAUCAAGGCACCAGACAUUGAUAUUGAGGGACCUGAAGGAAAAGUGAAGGGUCCAAAAUUCAAAAUGCCAUCCAUUUCUGGUCCAAAGAUCUCCAUGCCAGAUGUGGAUUUCAACCUCAAGGGCCCUAAGGUAAAAGGAGAUGUCGAUGUUUCAGUUCCCAAACUUGAAGGGGAUAUAAAAUCGCCAAAAGUAGACAUGAAAGGUCCAGAGGUUGAUAUUGAGGGUCCUGAAGGUGGAUUCAAAAUGCCAAAAGUUAAAAUGCCAUCAUUUGGACUUAAAGGUCCAAAGGUCGAAGGGCCUGAUGUAAAUCUUCCAAAAGGUGAAAUGGACAUAAAAGGACCAUCCAUAGACAUCAAGGCACCAGACAUUGAUAUUGAGGGACCUGAAGGAAAAGUGAAGGGUCCAAAAUUCAAAAUGCCAUCCAUUUCUGGUCCAAAGAUCUCCAUGCCAGAUGUGGAUUUCAACCUCAAGGGCCCUAAGGUAAAAGGAGAUGUCGAUGUUUCAGUUCCCAAACUUGAAGGGGAUAUAAAAUCGCCAAAAGUAGACAUGAAAGGUCCAGAGGUUGAUAUUGAGGGUCCUGAAGGUGGAUUCAAAAUGCCAAAAGUUAAAAUGCCAUCAUUUGGACUUAAAGGUCCAAAGGUCGAAGGGCCUGAUGUAAAUCUUCCAAAAGGUGAAAUGGACAUAAAAGGACCAUCCAUAGACAUCAAGGCACCAGACAUUGAUAUUGAGGGACCUGAAGGAAAAGUGAAGGGUCCAAAAUUCAAAAUGCCAUCCAUUUCUGGUCCAAAGAUCUCCAUGCCAGAUGUGGAUUUCAACCUCAAGGGCCCUAAGGUAAAAGGAGAUGUCGAUGUUUCAGUUCCCAAACUUGAAGGGGAUAUAAAAUCGCCAAAAGUAGACAUGAAAGGUCCAGAGGUUGAUAUUGAGGGUCCUGAAGGUGGAUUCAAAAUGCCAAAAGUUAAAAUGCCAUCAUUUGGACUUAAAGGUCCAAAGGUCGAAGGGCCUGAUGUAAAUCUUCCAAAAGGUGAAAUGGACAUAAAAGGACCAUCCAUAGACAUCAAGGCACCAGACAUUGAUAUUGAGGGACCUGAAGGAAAAGUGAAGGGUCCAAAAUUCAAAAUGCCAUCCAUUUCUGGUCCAAAGAUCUCCAUGCCAGAUGUGGAUUUCAACCUCAAGGGCCCUAAGGUAAAAGGAGAUGUCGAUGUUUCAGUUCCCAAACUUGAAGGGGAUAUAAAAUUGCCAAAAGUAGACAUGAAAGGUCCAGAGGUUGAUAUUGAGGGUCCUGAAGGUGGAUUCAAAAUGCCAAAAGUUAAAAUGCCAUCAUUUGGACUUAAAGGUCCAAAGGUCGAAGGGCCUGAUGUAAAUCUUCCAAAAGGUGAAAUGGACAUAAAAGGACCAUCCAUAGACAUCAAGGCACCAGACAUUGAUAUUGAGGGACCUGAAGGAAAAGUGAAGGGUCCAAAAUUCAAAAUGCCAUCCAUUUCUGGUCCAAAGAUCUCCAUGCCAGAUGUGGAUUUCAACCUCAAGGGCCCUAAGGUAAAAGGAGAUGUCGAUGUUUCAGUUCCCAAACUUGAAGGGGAUAUAAAAUUGCCAAAAGUAGACAUGAAAGGUCCAGAGGUUGAUAUUGAGGGUCCUGAAGGUGGAUUCAAAAUGCCAAAAGUUAAAAUGCCAUCAUUUGGACUUAAAGGUCCAAAGGUCGAAGGGCCUGAUGUAAAUCUUCCAAAAGGUGAAAUGGACAUAAAAGGACCAUCCAUAGAAAUCAAGGCACCAGACAUUGAUAUUGAGGGACCUGAAGGAAAAGUGAAGGGUCCAAAAUUCAAAAUGCCAUCCAUUUCUGGUCCAAAGAUCUCCAUGCCAGAUGUGGAUUUCAACCUCAAGGGCCCUAAGGUGAAAGGGGAAGUCGAUGCUUCAGUUCCCAAACUUGAAGGGGAUAUAAAAUUGCCAAAAGUAGACAUGAAAGGUCCAGAGGUUGAUAUUGAGGGUCCUGAAGGUGGAUUCAAAAUGCCAAAAGUUAAAAUGCCAUCAUUUGGAAUUGAAGGUCCAAAGGUCGAAGGGGCUGAUGUAAAUCUUCCAAAAGGUGAAGUGGACAUAAAAGGACCAUCCAUAGAUAUCAAGGCACCAGAUGUUGAUAUUGAGGGACCUGAAGGAAAAAUAAAGGGUCCGAAGUUCAAAAUUCCAUCAAUUUCUGGUCCAACGAUCUCCAUGCCAGAUGUGGAUUUCAACCUCAAGGGCCCUAAGGUGAAAGAAUUUGAUGUUUCAGUUCCCAAACUUGAAGGGGAUAUAAAAUUGCCAAAAGUAGACAUGAAAGGUCCAGAGGUUGAUAUUGAGGGUCCUGAAGGUGGAUUCAAAAUGCCAAAAGUUAAAAUGCCAUCAUUUGGUUUUAAAGGUCCAAACAUUGAGGGUCCUGACAUUGGUCUGCCCAAAGGUGAAGUUGAUAUAAAAGGACCACCCCUAGAUAUCAAGGCACCAGAAAUUGACAUCGAGGGACCUGAGGGAAAAGUGAAGGGUCCUAAAGUUGAAAUAGAAGGGGCCAAAAUUGACCUUGAUGUUUCAGGACCGUCAGUUAAGAAGUCUAAGUUCAAAAUGCCAAAAUUUGGUUUGAAAUCACCCAAAAUCGAAGGACCAGAUGUUGAUGUUAAAGUACCAAAAGGCGAUGUCACUGUAGAAGCCAAAAGUCCAGAGGGCGGAUUUAAAUUGCCAAAGUUCAAGAUGCCAAAAUUUGGUUUCAAAUCCCCUAAAGCAGACAUCCCAAGUACUGAUGAAUCAGAUUUAAAUGUCAACAUUAAAAGUCCAUCUGUUGAUAUUGAAGUUCCAGAAGGAAAAAUCAAAAGUCCAAAAAUUAAGAUGCCAACUGUUUCAGGGCCAAAUAUUACUUUACCGGAUGUGGAUUUUAAUCUUAAAGGACCGAAAGUAAAGGGGGAUGUGGACAUCUCAGUUCCCAAAAUUGAAGGUAACCUUCAAGCCCCGAACGUUGAAAUUGAAGGUCGAGAUUUGGAUGUUGAUGCAUCAGCAGGAGGCUUCAAGAUGCCUAAAGUCAAAAUGCCAGCAUUUGGUGUCAAAGGUCCGAAAGUUGAGUGCCCUGAUAUUGAUGUAAAUCUUCCAAAGGCAGAUAUUGAUGUGAAAGGUCCUAAGAUUGAUCUCCAAAGCCCAGAUAUUGACAUCGAAGGACCAGAAGGGAAAAUCAAAGGUCCCAAAUUCAAAAUGCCCAACAUAUCAGGUCCAAAGGUCUCAAUGCCUGAUGUGGACUUUAAUCUUAAAGGCCCUAAAUUAAAAGGGGAUGUGGAUGUCUCAGUUCCCAAAAUUGAAGGUGACAUUAAAGCACCGAAAGUUGAAAUCGAAGGUCAAGAUUUGGAUGUUGAUGCAUCAGGAGGAGGCUUUAAGCUGCCUAAAGUCAAAAUGCCAGCAUUUGGUAUCAAAGGUCCAAAAGUUGAGGGCGCUGAUAUUGAUGUAAAUCUACCAAAGGCAGAUAUUGAUGUCAAAGGUACUAAGAUUGAUGUCCAAAGCCCAGAUAUUGACAUUGAAGGACCAGAAGGGAAAAUCAAAGGUCCCAAAUUCAAAAUGCCCAACAUAUCAGGUCCAAAGAUCUCAAUGCCUGAUGUUGACUUUAAUCUUAAAGGCCCUAAAUUCAAAGGGGAUGUCUCAGUUCCCAAGAUUGAGGGUGACAUUAAAGCACCAAAAGUUGAAAUCGAAAGUCCAGAUGUGGAUAUUGAAGGAUCAGGAGGAGGCUUUAAGAUGCCUAAAAUCAAAAUGCCAUCAUUUGGGUUGAAAGGUCCAAAAGUUGAGUGCCCUGAUGUUGAUGUAAAUCUACCAAAGGCAGAUAUUGAUGUGAAAGGCCCUAAGAUUGAUGUCCAAAGCCCAGAUAUUGACAUUGAAGGACCAGAAGGGAAAAUCAAAGGUCCCAAAUUCAAAAUGCCAACCAUAUCAGGUCCAAAGAUCUCAAUGCCUGAUGUUGACUUUAAUCUGAAAGGCCCUAAAUUAAAAGGGGAUGUGGAUGUCUCCGUUCCCAAGAUUGAGGGUGACAUUAAAGCCCCAAAAGUUGAAAUCGAAGGUCGAGAUUUGGAUGUUGAUGCAUCAGGAGGAGGCUUUAAGAUACCUAAAGUCAAAAUGCCAUCAUUUGGUGUCACAGGUCCAAAAGUUGAGGGCGCUGAUAUUGAUGUAAAUCUUCCAAAGGCAGAUAUUGAUGUGAAAGGUCCUAAGAUUGAUCUCCAAAGCCCAGAUAUUGACAUUGAAGGACCAGAAGGGAAAAUCAAAGGUCCCAAAUUCAAAAUGCCAAACAUAUCAGGUCCAAAGAUCUCAAUGCCUGAUAUGGACUUUAAUAUUAAAGGCCCUAAAUUCAAAGGGGAUGUCUCAGUUCCCAAGAUUGAGGGUGACAUUAAAGCACCAAAAGUUGAAAUCGAAGGUCAAGAUUUGGAUGUUGAUGCAUCAGGAGGAGGCUUCAAGAUGCCUAAAGUCAAAAUGCCAGCAUUUGGUGUCAAAGGUCCAAAAGUUGAGUGCCCUGAUAUUGAUGUAAAUCUACCAAAGGCAGAUAUUGAUGUGAAAGGUCCUAAGAUUGAUCUCCAAAGCCCAGAUAUUGACAUUGAAGGACCAGAAGGGAAAAUCAAAGGUCCCAAAUUCAAAAUGCCCAACAUAUCAGGUCCAAAGAUCUCAAUGCCUGAUGUGGACUUUAAUCUUAAAAGCCCUAAAUUAAAAGGGGAUGUGGAUGUCUCAGUUCCCAAAAUUGAAGGUGACAUUAAAGCACCGAAAGGUGAAAUCGAAGGUCAAGAUUUGGAUGUUGAUGCAUCAGGAGGAGGCUUUAAGAUGCCUAAAUUCAAAAUGCCAUCAUUUGGGUUCAAAGGUCCGAAAGUUGAGGGUGCUGAUAUUGAUGUAAAUCUACCAAAGGCAGAUAUUGAUGUGAAAGGUCCUAAGAUUGAUCUCCAAAGCCCAGAUAUUGACAUUGAAGGACCAGAAGGGAAAAUCAAAGGUCCCAAAUUCAAAAUGCCAAACAUAUCAGGUCCAAAGAUCUCAAUGCCUGAUGUUGACUUUAAUCUUAAAGGCCCUAAAUUAAAAGGGGAUGUGGAUGUCUCAUUUCCCAAGAUUGAAGGUGACAUUAAAGCACCAAAAGUUGAAAUUGAAGGUCAAGAUCUGGAUGUUGAUGCAUCAGGAGGAGGCUUCAAGAUGCCUAAAGUCAAAAUGCCAGCAUUUGGUGUCAAAGGUCCGAAAGUUGAGUGCCCUGAUAUUGAUGUAAAUCUUCCAAAGGCAGAUAUUGACGUGAAAGGUCCUAAGAUUGAUCUCCAAAGCCCAGAUAUUGACAUUGAAGGACCAGAAGGGAAAAUCAAAGGUCCCAAAUUCAAAAUGCCAAACAUAUCAGGUCCAAAGAUCUCAAUGCCUGACGUGGACUUUAAUCUUAAAGGCCCUAAAUUAAAAGGGGAUGUGGAUGUCUCAGUUCCCAAAAUUGAAGGUGACAUUAAAGCACCGAAAGUUGAAAUCGAAGGUCAAGAUUUUGAUGUUGAUGCAUCAGGAGGAGGCUUUAAGAUGCCUAAAUUCAAAAUGCCAUCAUUUGGGUUCAAAGGUCCGAAAGUUGAGGGUGCUGAUAUUGAUGUAAAUCUACCAAAGGCAGAUAUUGAUGUGAAAGGUCCUAAGAUUGAUCUCCAAAGCCCAGAUAUUGACAUUGAAGGACCAGAAGGGAAAAUCAAAGGUCCCAAAUUCAAAAUGCCAACCAUAUCAGGUCCAAAGAUCUCAAUGCCUGAUGUUGACUUUAAUCUUAAAGGCCCUAAAUUAAAAGGGGAAGUGGAUGUCUCAGUUCCCAGGAUUGAAGGUGACAUUAAAGCACCAAAAGUUGAAAUUGAAGGUCAAGAUCUGGAUGUUGAUGCAUCAGGAGGAGGCUUCAAGAUGCCUAAAGUCAAAAUGCCAGCAUUUGGUGUCAAAGGUCCGAAAGUUGAGUGCCCUGAUAUUGAUGUAAAUCUUCCAAAGGCAGAUAUUGAUGUGAAAGGUCCUAAGAUUGAUCUCCAAAGCCCAGAUAUUGACAUCGAAGGACCAGAAGGGAAAAUCAAAGGUCCCAAAUUCAAAAUGCCCAACAUAUCAGGUCCAAAGGUCUCAAUGCCUGAUGUGGACUUUAAUCUUAAAGGCCCUAAAUUAAAAGGGGAUGUGGAUGUCUCAGUUCCCAAAAUUGAAGGUGACAUUAAAGCACCGAAAGUUGAAAUCGAAGGUCAAGAUUUGGAUGUUGAUGCAUCAGGAGGAGGCUUUAAGAUGCCUAAAUUCAAAAUGCCAUCAUUUGGGUUCAAAGGUCCGAAAGUUGAGGGUGCUGAUAUUGAUGUAAAUCUACCAAAGGCAGAUAUUGAUGUGAAAGGUCCUAAGAUUGAUCUCCAAAGCCCAGAUAUUGACAUUGAAGGACCAGAAGGGAAAAUCAAAGGUCCCAAAUUCAAAAUGCCAACCAUAUCAGGUCCAAAGAUCUCAAUGCCUGAUGUGGACUUUAAUCUUAAAGGGCCUAAAUUAAAAGGGGAUGUGGAUGUCUCAGUUCCCAAGAUUGAAGGCGACAUUAAAGCACCGAAAGUUGAAAUCGAAGGUCAAGAUUUGGAUGUUGAUGCAUCAGGAGGAGGCUUUAAGAUGCCUAAAGUCAAAAUGCCAGCAUUUGGUGUCAAAGGUCCGAAAGUUGAAGGCCUUGAUAUUGAUGUAAAUCUACCAAAGGCAGAUAUUGAUGUCAAAGGUCCUAAGAUUGAUGUCCAAAGCCCUGAUAUUGACAUUGAAGGACCAGAAGGGAAAAUCAAAGGUCCCAAAUUCAAAAUGCCAAACAUAUCAGGUCCAAAGAUUUCAAUGCCUGACAUGGACUUUAAUCUUAAAGGCCCUAAAUUCAAAGGGGAUGUCUCAGUUCCCAAGAUUGAGGGUGACAUUAAAGCACCGAAAGUUGAAAUUGAAGGAGCAGACAUGGAUGUUGAAGGAUCAGGAGGAAGCUUUAAGAUGCCUAAAAUCAAAAUGCCAUCAUUUGGGUUCAAAGGUCCGAAAGUUGAGUGCCCUGAUAUUGAUGUAAAUCUUCCAAAGGCAGAUAUUGAUGUGAAAGGCCCUAAGAUUGAUCUCCAAAGCCCAGAUAUUGACAUUGAAGGACCAGAAGGGAAAAUCAAAGGUCCCAAAUUCAAAAUGCCAAACAUAUCAGGUCCAAAGAUUUCAAUGCCUGACAUGGACUUUAAUCUUAAAGGCCCUAAAUUCAAAGGGGAUGUCUCAGUUCCCAAGAUUGAGGGUGACAUUAAAGCACCGAAAGUUGAAAUUGAAGGAACAGAUGUGGAUGUUGAAGGAUCAGGAGGAGGCUUUAAGAUGCCUAAAGUCAAAAUGCCAGCAUUUGGUAUCAAAGGUCCAAAGGUUGAGGGUGCUGAUAUUGAUGUAAAUCUACCAAAGGCAGAUAUUGAUGUCAAAGGUCCAAAGAUUGAUCUCCAAAGCCCAGAUAUUGACAUUGAAGGACCGGAAGGCAAAAUCAAAGGUCCCAAAUUCAAAAUGCCAACCAUAUCAGGUCCAAAGAUCUCAAUGCCUGAUGUGGACUUUAAUCUUAAAGGCCCUAAAUUCAAAGGGGAUUUGGAUGUCUCAGUUCCCAAGAUUGAAGGCGACAUUAAAGCCCCAAAAGUUGAAUUUGAAGGUCCAGAUGUGGAUGUUGAAGGAUCAGGAGGAGGCUUUAAGAUGCCUAAAUUCAAAAUGCCAUCAUUUGGGCACAAAGGUCCGAAGGUUGAGGGCCCUGAGUUUGAUCUGAAUCUACCAAAGGCAGAUAUUGAUGUCAGAGGUCCAACGAUUGAUCUCCAAAGACCAGAUAUUGACAUUGAAGGACCAGAAGGGAAAAUCAAAGGCCCCAAAUUCAAAAUGCCAACCAUAUCAGGUCCAAAGAUCUCAAUGCCUGAUGUGGACUUUAAUCUUAAAGGCCCUAAAUUAAAAGGGGAUGUGGAUGUCUCAGUUCCCAAGAUUGAAGGCGACAUUAAAGCCCCAAAAGUUGAAUUUGAAGGUCCAGAUGUGGAUGUUGAAGGAUCCGGAGGAGGCUUUAAGAUGCCUAAAUUCAAAAUCCCAUCAUUUGGGCACAAAGGUCCGAAGGUUGAGGGCCCUGAGUUUGAUCUGAAUCUACCAAAGGCAGAUAUUGAUGUCAAAGGUCCAACGAUUGAUCUCCAAAGACCAGAUAUUGACAUUGAAGGACCAGAAGGGAAAAUCAAAGGUCCCAAAUUCAAAAUGCCCAAUAUAUCAGGUCCAAAGAUCUCAAUGCCUGAUGUUGACUUUAAUCUUAAAGGCCCUAAAUUCAAAGGGGAUUUGGAUGUCUCAGUUCCCAGGAUUGAAGGUGACAUUAAAGCACCAAAAGUUGAAAUUGAAGGUCCAAAUUUGGAUGGUGAUGCAUCAGGAGGAGGCUUUAAGUUGCCUAAAGUCAAAAUGCCAGCAUUUGGUGUCAAAGGUCCAAAAGUUGAGGGCGCUGAUAUUGAUGUAAAUCUACCAAAGGCAGAUAUUGAUGUCAAAGGUCCUAAGAUUGAUCUCCAAAGCCCAGAUAUUGACAUUGAAGGACCGGAAGGCAAAGUCAAAGGUCCCAAAUUCAAAAUGCCAAACAUAUCAGGUCCAAAGAUCUCAAUGCCUGAUGUGGACUUUAAUCUUAAAGGCCCUAAAUUCAAAGGGGAUAUCUCAGUUCCCAAGAUUGAGGGUGACAUUAAAGCACCGAAAGUUGAAAUUGAAGGAACAGAUGUGGAUGUUGAAGGAUCAGGAGGAGGCUUUAAGAUGCCUAAAAUCAAAAUGCCAUCAUUUGGGUUCAAAGGUCCGAAAGUUGAGUGCCCUGAUAUUGAUGUAAAUCUACCAAAGGCAGAUAUUGAUGUGAAAGGUCCAAAGAUUGAUCUCCAAAGACCAGAUAUUGACAUUGAAGGACCAGAAGGGAAAAUCAAAGGUCCCAAAUUCAAAAUGCCAACCAUAUCAGGUCCAAAGAUCUCAAUGCCUGAUGUGGACUUUGAUCUUAAAGGCCCUAAAUUCAAAGGGGAUUUGGAUGUCUCAGUUCCCAAGAUUGAGGGUGACAUUAAAGCACCGAAAGUUGAAUUUGAAGGUCCAGAUGUGGAUGUUGAAGGAUCAGGAGGAGGCUUUAAGAUGCCUAAAGUCAAAAUGCCAGCAUUUGGUGUCAAAGGUCCAAAGGUUGAAGGCCCUGAUAUUGAUGUAAAUCUACCAAAGGCUGAUAUUGAUGUGAAAGGUCCUAAGAUUGAUCUCCAAAGCCCAGAUAUUGACAUUGAAGGACCAGAAGGGAAAAUCAAAGGUCCCAAAUUCAAAAUGCCAAACAUAUCAGGUCCAAAGAUCUCAAUGCCUGAUAUGGACUUUAAUCUUAAAGGCCCUAAAUUCAAAGGGGAUGUCUCAGUUCCCAAGAUUGAGGGUGACAUUAAAGCACCGAAAGUUGAAAUUGAAGGAGCGGAUGUGGAUGUUGAAGGAUCAGGAGGAGGCUUUAAGAUGCCCAAAAUCAAAAUGCCAUCAUUUGGGUUCAAAGGUCCGAAAGUUGAGUGCCCUGAUAUUGAUGUAAAUCUACCAAAGGCAGAUAUUGAUGUGAAAGGUCCAAAGAUUGAUCUCCAAAGACCAGAUAUUGACAUUGAAGGACCAGAAGGGAAAAUCAAAGGUCCCAAAUUCAAAAUGCCAACCAUAUCAGGUCCAAAGAUCUCAAUGCCUGAUGUGGACUUUAAUCUUAAGGGCCCUAAGUUAAAAGGGGAUUUGGAUGUCUCAGUUCCCAAGAUUGAAGGUGACAUUAAAGCCCCAAAAGUUGAAAUUGAAGGUCCAGAUGUGGAUGUUGAAGGAUCAGGAGGAGGCUUUAAGAUGCCUAAAGUCAAAAUGCCAGCAUUUGGUGUCAAAGGUCCAAAGGUUGAAGGCGGUGACAUUGAUGUCAAAGGUCCUAAGAUUGAUGUCCAAAGCCCAGAUAUUGACAUUGAAGGACCAGAAGGGAAAAUCAAAGGUCCCAAAUUCAAAAUGCCAAACAUAUCAGGUCCAAACAUUUCAUUACCUGAUAUGGACUUUAAUCUUAAAGGCCCUAAAUUCAAAGGGGAUGUCUCAGUUCCCAAGAUUGAGGGUGACAUUAAAGCACCGAAAGUUGAAUUUGAAGGUCCAGAUUUGGAUGUUGAUGCAUCAGGAGGAGGCUUUAAGAUGCCUAAAGUCAAAAUGCCAGCAUUUGGUUUCAAAGGUCCAAAGGUUGAAGGCCCUGAUAUUGAUGUAAAUCUACCAAAGGCUGAUAUUGAUGUGAAAGGUCCUAAGAUUGAUCUCCAAAGCCCAGAUAUUGACAUUGAAGGACCAGAAGGGAAAAUCAAAGGUCCCAAAUUCAAAAUGCCAAACAUAUCAGGUCCAAAGAUCUCAAUGCCUGAUAUGGACUUUAAUCUUAAAGGCCCUAAAUUCAAAGGGGAUGUCUCAGUUCCCAAGAUUGAGGGUGACAUUAAAGCACCGAAAGUUGAAAUUGAAGGAGCGGAUGUGGAUGUUGAAGGAUCAGGAGGAGGCUUUAAGAUGCCCAAAAUCAAAAUGCCAUCAUUUGGGUUCAAAGGUCCGAAAGUUGAGUGCCCUGAUAUUGAUGUAAAUCUACCAAAGGCAGAUAUUGAUGUGAAAGGUCCAAAGAUUGAUCUCCAAAGACCAGAUAUUGACAUUGAAGGACCAGAAGGGAAAAUCAAAGGUCCCAAAUUCAAAAUGCCAACCAUAUCAGGUCCAAAGAUCUCAAUGCCUGAUGUGGACUUUAAUCUUAAGGGCCCUAAGUUAAAAGGGGAUUUGGAUGUCUCAGUUCCCAAGAUUGAAGGUGACAUUAAAGCCCCAAAAGUUGAAAUUGAAGGUCCAGAUGUGGAUGUUGAAGGAUCAGGAGGAGGCUUUAAGAUGCCUAAAGUCAAAAUGCCAGCAUUUGGUGUCAAAGGUCCAAAGGUUGAAGGCGGUGACAUUGAUGUCAAAGGUCCUAAGAUUGAUGUCCAAAGCCCAGAUAUUGACAUUGAAGGACCAGAAGGGAAAAUCAAAGGUCCCAAAUUCAAAAUGCCAAACAUAUCAGGUCCAAACAUUUCAUUACCUGAUAUGGACUUUAAUCUUAAAGGCCCUAAAUUCAAAGGGGAUGUCUCAGUUCCCAAGAUUGAGGGUGACAUUAAAGCACCGAAAGUUGAAUUUGAAGGUCCAGAUUUGGAUGUUGAUGCAUCAGGAGGAGGCUUUAAGAUGCCUAAAGUCAAAAUGCCAGCAUUUGGUGUCAAAGGUCCAAAGGUUGAAGGCCCUGAUAUUGAUGUAAAUCUACCAAAGGCUGAUAUUGAUGUGAAAGGUCCUAAGAUUGAUGUCCAAAGCCCAGAUAUUGACAUUGAAGGACCAGAAGGGAAAAUCAAAGGUCCCAAAUUCAAAAUGCCAACCAUAUCAGGUCCAAAGAUCUCAAUGCCUGAUAUGGACUUUAAUCUUAAAGGCCCUAAAUUCAAAGGGGAUGUCUCAGUUCCCAAGAUUGAGGGUGACAUUAAAGGACCGAAAGUUGAAAUUGAAGGAGCAGAUGUGGAUGUUGAAGGAUCAGGAGGAGGCUUUAAGAUGCCUAAAAUCAAAAUGCCAACUAUUGGCAUCAAAGGUCCAAAAGCUGAGGGCCCUGAUAUUGAUGUAAACCUACCAAAGGCAGAUAUUGAUGUGAAAGGUCCUAAGAUUGAUCUCCAAAGCCCAGAUAUUGACAUUGAAGGACCAGAAGGGAAAAUCAAAGGUCCCAAAUUCAAAAUGCCAACCAUAUCAGGUCCAAAGAUCUCAAUGCCUGAUAUGGACUUUAAUCUUAAAGGCCCUAAAUUCAAAGGGGAUGUCUCAGUUCCCAAGAUUGAGGGUGACAUUAAAGCACCGAAAGUUGAAAUUGAAGGAGCAGAUGUGGAUGUUGAAGGAUCAGGAGGAGGCUUUAAGAUGCCUAAAAUCAAAAUGCCAACUAUUGGCAUCAAAGGUCCAAAAGCUGAGGGCCCUGAUAUUGAUGUAAACCUACCAAAGGCAGAUAUUGAUGUGAAAGGCCCUAAGAUUAAUGUCCGAAGCCCAGAUAUUGACAUUGAAGGACCAGAAGGGAAAAUCAAAGGUCCUAAAUUCAAAAUGCCAACCAUAUCAGGUCCAAAGAUCUCAAUGCCUGAAAUGGACUUCAAUAUUAAAGGCCCUAAGUUAAAAGGGGAUGUGGAUGUCUCCAUUCCUAAGAUUGAGGGAGACGUUCAAGCACCGAAAGUUGAAAUCGAAGGUCCAGAUUUGGAUGUUGAUGCAUCAGGAGGAGGCUUCAAAAUGCCUAAAGUCAAAAUGCCAGCAUUUGGUUUUAAAGGUCCAAAAGUUGGGGGCCCUGAUAUUGAUGUAAAUCUGCCAAAGGCAGAUAUUGAUGUCAGAGGUCCUAAGAUUGAUGUCCAAAGCCCUGAUAUUGACAUUGAAGGACCAGAAGGGAAAAUCAAAGGUCCCAAAUUCAAAAUGCCAACCAUAUCAGGUCCAAAGAUCUCAAUGCCUGAUAUGGACGUCAAUAUUAAAGGCCCUAAUAUAAAGGGGGAUGUUGAUGUAUCUAUUCCUAAGAUUACAGGUGACAUCAAGGCACCGAAAGUUGACACUGAAGGACCUAAUCUCAGUAUGGAUGGAGCAGAAGGUUUUAAAAUACCCAAAAUCAAAAUGCCAUCCUUUGGAAUUAAGGGGCCAGUAGUGGAGGGUGCUGAUGCUGAAAUAAAUGUUCCCAAAAUUGAAGCUGACAUCAAAGGGCCAUUUGUGGAUAUUAAAGGCCCAGGUCACAGCAUUGAGAGCAAUCUUGAAGGGCCUGAUGUGGACAUCAGUUUGAAGGGAAAGAAGGGUAAAUUGAAAGUGCCCAAGGGAAAAGGAAAGAUGAAAACUGAUAUUACUGUUGAUUCUAAAACUGGCAAUGUUGAGCUAGCUACAGGCUCACCUGACUUGCAUCUUAAAGGACCUAAGGUUAAGAAGCCAUUGUUUGGAAAAUUACAUUUUCCUGAUGUGGAAUUUGACAUAAAAUCCCCAAAGGUUAAAGGCGGUGGUUCAGUUUCUGGAAAUUCAAAAUCAGUUGAAUUUGAUUCAUCACCCGGAAAUCUUAAAGCAGAUAUACCUGGUGUUGAUAUUCAGUCACCAGUUGUUAGCUUGGAGGGUACAGAUGUCAAAGCUAAAAAAUCCAAAAUCAAAAUGCCAAAGUUCUCAGGAUCCAAGGUCAAAUCUGCUGAUGUUGACAUCAAUGUUCCAAAGCUACAAUCACCUGAAAUGAGUAUGAAUCUGGGUGCACCUGAUGUUAGUUUGGAAGAUCAAGGCAUAAAAGUCAAGGGGAACACUGAUGCAGAAGGCUUUAAAGCUGGAUUUCAAGGUAUAGAUCUGAAUAUGCCAUCUGCAAAGCUUAAAGUACCCCAUGUAAGUUCUUCACAAGAGCAAACAGGAGAAAUAGGCAUGCAUACAGAUGUUGCAGUAUCAAGUGUAUCAAUGGAGUAUACCGAGGGUAAUGUAACCUUUCCUAAGCUUAAAGUGCCAAAAUUUGGUAUAGCUUUGCCUCAGGUAGAAGGAAGGGAGAUGGCUGUGGAUGUAGGGUCAGGAGAAUCAACUGCUAGUGGUAAUGUUGGUUCAAGUGUGGAAGUGCCAUGUCCAGAUUUAAAAAGCAGUGGUGCCAAAGCCAAAGUCAAAAAGCCACGAUUUUUUGGCAAGUCUAAACCUAAGGGUGGAAGUGCAGCUGAUCUUACAUUUCAGGGACCUGAAGUUGAAGCUACAAUUAAGGGGGGUGCCAAAGUGUCUAAAGAAUUAAGUGCAAGUUCUGGGGAGCUUAUGAGUGGAAAGAUGUUAGAGGGGGCUUCUGGUUUAAAGAUUUCACCUAAGAGUAAAUCUGCUUCGCUUGAUCUUUACAAAAAAACAAGGCAUCGUUCUACAUCACUCAGUGAUGAAGGAGAACUUGCUUCUCCCACUUCUGUUGAAGGGCAUUUACAGACAGAAGGUGGUGACAUUUCAAUGGAUGUUGGAGGGGCUAAAGUGAAAGGCAAAAAAGGAAUGCUCAAAUUUGGCACAUUUGGUGGAUUUAGUUCAAAAUCCAAGGGUUCAUAUGAAGUGACACUUGGAGAAGAUAGUGAAGCAAAGAUUGAAGGUGCUGGAGGAAUUGUUUCCCCUUCGAAGAAGUCUAGAGUAUCAUCAACAUCUAGCAGUGAUAGUGUUUCAAAGGGUGGUUUUCGCUUCCCAAAGGUUGAAAUUGCUGUUUCACCAAAGAAAUAAUAUGUUGGGAUAAGAUUAAAAGGCACUGGUGUUUUGCCUUUUUAUAUACUAUGAGUUCACAUACAGUCUAAUGCUUUAUACUAGACAGCUACUUUAUAUGCCUCAUCUAACUACAGUGCACUGUCAUAAAUUUUGUCCAAUUUCCUUUUGCCAUUCCAAAUAAUAGUCCUUUCUUUUUGCUGGGGUACAUGUCAUGGCUUUUAACUGUAAAUAAGAGAAAUCUGUAUUGUAAUUUUCAUCAUCAUUUGUAAAUAGUAAAAAAAUUAGUCUACCAUCACAUUUUCUAUUCACUGCCACAGCAAUGUUGAAAUGGCAUAUGUGCAUGUGGUUUUAACACUUUUUGUGAUAUGAUAAUUAUAUUUUUGUAUUUGGUAAUCUUUAGGGGAAAUGGUUUAGCAAGCAUCUGUCACAUAUAUGUUAACUGUUUGUAUGUGCCUUUAAUAUACAAUUUCAUUCAAAGCAAACAAACCCAAAACAUUUAAUAUAAGUAAGAUUUUAUAAUUUUCAAAUCAAGUCUGUAUAAUACUUAAAAGUGAAAUUUUAAAAGUGACGGAUCAAUCAAAUGACAUUUUAUAUUUUAGAGCUGUAAAAAUGUAAAUAAACUGCUGUUACACUGAUACAUUAGGAAAAAGUCUUUUAGUGCCAAAUAAACAAUAAGACAAAUCAUGCAAUCUAUGCACACAUUACAGAAUUUAUAUUUGAGGAGACCAUGAACUUGCACAAAUCAGUAAACCAAUAACUGCUUUUCAGACAUUACUAUUUUAAUGAACAUUUUUAGGUUGCUAUGAUCUUCUCCCUUCUCCAGCUUUCUCAUUUGACCCAGUGAAUGGCUGUGCUUGAAAUUGUUUUUAUUCCCUGUCAUCUGCAAAACCAAAUAAAGUGUUCAGUUAUCAUGUG